AUGCUUUCAUCAGCACAUCCGAUCAAUCGUUUAAAUGUAUUUCGUAAUCUGUUCAUCACACAACCUUUAACAUCAUCUAUCAACAUUGAUCAUGAUCAUGAUGACGAUGAAGAUAAUUAUCAAGGGUUCAAUUCAGAUUCUUCACAAUUCAUUUCAUCCAAUAUGCUAUGGAUUGAUAAAACAAAUCAAUCAGAUUUUAUUAUGGAUUUUUAUGUGCCAUACAAUGGUUUACUAGUGAAAUUCGGUCCAUUUUUCCACGAUAAUCCAGACCAACAUAUUUUAUUCUUAGUCAGUCAUACACCAGUAAAUUGGCUUCAUUUAUGCAUUGUUGAAUUGAAUCGUACUACAAGCGAUAAACAUUGGUAA